GUAAACACACUGAAAGGCAUAGGUACACGUGGGUAAAUUUUGUAGGCGUGUAUUUUUACGACUAUCCCAUUUAGAAAUGGUCAGGUUCAAAAACAGAUAUUUAGUUUGUGAAGUUGUGUAUACAGGAUCAAGGAAGAAAACCUCAACAUUUACAGAGUUAGAAUUGUAUAAAUGUAUCCGUGAUUCUGUGAUCAAGUCAUAUGGAGAUUAUGGCUAUGGUGUGCUCAAGUCCUCACUGUCAUUGAAGCACUGGAACAAAGCUUCAAACAUUGUCCUGAUCCGGGCCAAGAGAGGUUCUCAUGCUAUGGUACAGUCAGCCAUUACAUUUGUGAGAAAAAUCUGCUCCACCGAUGCAUGCUUCAACACACUUCACAUCGGAGGAACCAUUAGAUCCUGUUACAAGUUCCUGGUGCAUCAUCAUCAACGACAGUUACCCAGCUUACUGCAGGAGUGUCAGACAGAAAAGGAAAGAAGUGCUGUAAGGACAGCCAUUCUCAGCUCUAACAGUGCAUUGAAACAUCAAAUUGAAGGUUCGGAAAUUCACAAGAAACAGAAAGAGAAAACUUGAAAGCAGGCUUAGCUGUAGCAGUGUGUAAAUGGAUAUCCAAAAGUACAGCUGCCACACACUGUCACAUUCCUGGAAUUCUCUCUCAUUUCAUUGCUUGAUAUAUCAGUGGAGAUAUAUGAAGGAAUCAGUGUGACUCCUGAACUGAUUUAUCUUGUAUCAUGGAUCAGAUACCGAAGUUUAACUCUGAUAAUGGUGGAUAAAGUGUUUAGAACAUACACAUGUUUUUGUGGAAACAACUUAUAAGGUUCUUACAGCUUUUAUCUGUUAUGUUUAUACUGACUGUUACAGUGCAUAGGUGCUAAUAUCUUUUGAUAGCAUGAAAAUUCAUCUGAAAAGCAACCUCAAGUAUGGUUUUUCAGCAACGAGACUUUCAAUCCAGAACACAAUCCCCAACGACUGUAUUGAAAAAGGGAUGGUCUGCUGUGUUGAACCAAGGAUUCUGAUUGUUGUCUGGACACAGAAAAGUGACAUUACCAUACCUGAAUGCAGAAAGCAGUCAUCCAGCAGGCUUAAUUGAGGUGAACAAGGCACUAUUCCAGCUUUGUUUUGCUUUUUUGCAUCAUGUUUGAAAUAUAUUAGUCCAAUGAUAAGUUGUCAAUUUUCAUGUUGUUAGUUUUUAUUUCCUUUACAUAUCAUGUUAACAUUUGAUACAGAAAAUGAUUAAAACAUUAUAUAAACCUGUAUUGACCGAUAAUACUAAAGGAUUAAAGCAUUUAUAUGGAUAUAUGAGUGUAAAUAUAAAACAAUCUUUGUAAGGUAAUUAAUUGUGUAUAAAAAGGUCUUGAAUGGUUUUUUAUUAAA